GGUUACCUGAGGAGAUGUGUGAGAUUAAUCACAUAUAGUUUGAAGUAAUGGACACUGACUUUAAUUACUAAAAUAUCGAUCUGUGGACUGACCUGGUUGAAAGGUGGGUACAUAUAUAUAUCGAUGGCAGAUGACUUAUAUUCACUUCUAACAGCAACAGCUACUCCUCCACAUUUCCUCAAAUUCACUGCUGAAAUCGAUCAGAUCUGUAAACUGAAUAAUUAUCGGGAAAAACCUCGCAAUCAUUGAUAUCAGUAUCAAGCCACGUUUCUGUCAGUGUUAUCAAAGAGUAAUAGUCUU